AUGAACCCGAGGACCCCAGUGAAGUCCCCAGGACUCCAGCGAGCACCCCAGAACAACAGCAAGCACCCAGGACCCCAGCAAAUCCCUCCAGGACCGCAGCGAACACCCCAGGACCGCAGCGAGAACCCCAGGACUGCAGCGAGAACCCCAGAAUCACGGCGAACCCCCAGGACCGCAGCGAGCACCCCAGGACCCCAGCAAAGCCCACAGGACCGCAGCGAGCACCCCAGGACCCCAGCAAGAACCCCACGACUGCGGCAAAGCCCCCAGGAAAGCAGCGAGCACCCCAAGACCCGAGCAAAGUCUCCAGGACCCCAACAGAACCUACAGGACCCCAGCGAAGACCCCAGAACCCCAGUGAAGCCCCCAGGACCCCAGCGAGCACCCCAGGACCGCAGCAAAGCCCCAGAAACCCAGCGACCACUCCAGGAUACCAGCGAGCACCCCAAAACCCCAGUGAAGACACUAGUGAACACCCCAGGACGCCAGCGAAGCCCCCAGGACCGCAGCGACCACCCCAGGACCCCAGCAAAGCCCACAGGACCCCAGCUAGCACCCCAGGACCCCAGCCAAGCCCCCAGGACCCCAGCAAGCACCCCAGGACCAUGGCGAAGCCACCAGGACCGCAGCGAGGAACCUAGGAACCCAGCGAGCACCCCAGGACCGCAGCGAGCAAACCCCAGCAUCCCAGCGAAGACCCCAGGACUCCAGCGAGCAUUCCAGGAUGACAGCGAGCACCCCAGGACCCCAGCAAAGCCCCCCAGGACUCCAGCGAGCACCCCAGGACCGCAGCAAGAGCCCCAGGACUGCGAGUACCCCAGGACCCCAGCAAAGCCCCCAGGACCCCAGCAAAGUCCCCAGGACGCCAGCGAGCACCCCAGAACACCAGCAAAGCCCCCAGGACCCCAGUGA